AUGCUCCUGGACGCGGGGCCGCAGUUCCCGGCCAUCGGGGUGGGCAGCUUCGCGCGCCACCAUCACCACUCGGCCGCGGCGGCUGCGGCGGCGGCUGCCGAGAUGCAGGACCGCGAACUGAGCCUGGCCGCGGCGCAGAACGGCUUCGUGGACUCAGCGGCCGCGCACAUGGGCGCCUUCAAGCUCAACCCAGGCGCGCACGAGCUGUCCCCCGGCCAGAGCUCGGCGUUCACGUCGCAGGGCCCCGGCGCCUACCCUGGCUCUGCCGCGGCUGCCGCUGCAGCCGCCGCGCUUGGGCCCCAUGCGGCGCACGUCGGCUCCUACUCCGGGCCGCCUUUCAACUCCACCCGGGACUUCCUGUUCCGCAGCCGGGGCUUCGGGGACUCGGCGCCGGGCGGCGGGCAGCACGGGCUGUUUGGGCCAGGAGCGGGCGGCCUGCACCAUGCGCACUCGGACGCGCAGGGCCACCUCCUCUUCCCCGGCCUCCCGGAGCAGCACGGGCCGCACGGCUCGCAGAAUGUGCUCAACGGGCAGAUGCGCCUGGGGCUGCCCGGCGAGGUGUUCGGGCGCUCGGAGCAGUACCGCCAGGUGGCCAGCCCGCGGACCGACCCCUACUCGGCGGCGCAGCUCCACAACCAGUACGGUCCCAUGAAUAUGAACAUGGGUAUGAACAUGGCAGCGGCCGCGGCCCACCACCACCACCACCACCACCACCCUGGUGCCUUUUUCCGCUACAUGCGGCAGCAGUGCAUCAAACAGGAGCUCAUCUGCAAGUGGAUCGACCCCGAGCAGCUGAGCAACCCCAAGAAGAGCUGCAACAAAACUUUCAGCACCAUGCACGAGCUGGUGACCCACGUUUCCGUGGAGCACGUCGGCGGCCCGGAGCAGAGCAACCACGUCUGCUUCUGGGAGGAGUGUCCGCGCGAGGGCAAACCCUUCAAGGCCAAAUACAAACUGGUCAACCACAUCCGCGUGCACACAGGCGAGAAACCCUUCCCCUGCCCCUUCCCGGGCUGCGGCAAGGUCUUCGCGCGCUCCGAGAACCUCAAGAUCCACAAAAGGACCCACACAGGGGAGAAGCCCUUCCAGUGUGAGUUCGAGGGCUGCGACCGGCGCUUCGCCAACAGCAGCGACAGGAAGAAGCACAUGCACGUCCACACCUCCGAUAAGCCCUAUCUGUGCAAGAUGUGCGACAAGUCCUACACGCACCCCAGCUCACUGCGGAAACACAUGAAGGUCCAUGAGUCCUCCCCGCAGGGCUCUGAGUCCUCCCCGGCCGCCAGCUCGGGCUACGAGUCGUCCACGCCCCCGGGGCUGGUGUCCCCCAGCGCCGAGCCCCAGAACAGCUCUAACCUCUCCCCGGAUGUUCAAGAGAAGAAGGUGAUAGAGAGUACAUUUGAAUUUAAGCAAGCAACAAACCGUUGGCCCAAGACAAAAGAGAAUCCCUUCAAGAAUUCAGUAAAAUAG